UGUGGGGGGAGGGUGAAGCCGGUCAGAUCGAUGGGAUGUCGGGGAGAAUGGGGUGAAAUGUAAACUAGUUUUCACCUGAAGAAAAGCCGAUUUGAGGAGUGGCUUUGACAGAGAUCAGCCCCAGGGACCAGUCUGUGCUCCAGCGAACGAACCUGACAGCGAUUUUUCGUCAGCAACUAAGUCGGCUGAACAACCUCGAUUUGAAUAGCCUAGGGAAAAUUGCGUUUUAAACCCACCCCCCCUCUCAACGGCGCCAAAAUCACGCACACGGGCUGGGACAGAUCUGUAGCCCCGCUCAAGGACAUUUUCGACAUUCAAAGUACUGGGAUGGAUCGCAAUCCAUCCCCACCACCGAGUGAUGAAAGCGACAGUGAAACCACUGGAGACGAUGCGAUUGGAAACACGGUGUACAGCAAGCACUGGCUAUUCGGCACACUUAUGGAGCUAAUCAAGUUUGUUUCUAUAGAAGGUGAAGAGGCAGAAGUUUUGAAAACAGAGACACAACUCGAUGAGGAUCUGGAGAAUGAGAUCUGUAAAGUUUGGGACAUGUCUAUGGACGAGGACGUUGCUCUGUUUCUUCAGGAAUUCAAUGUAACUAACAUUUUGUUAGGGAUCAUUGGUAAAUCUAAGUGCCCUCGGCUAACGGAGAUCUGCGUUGGUAUCCUGGGCAACAUGGCAUGUUACAAGGAAACUUGUCAGUCGAUCACAAACAAUGAUAAUCUCGUUGAGGUGCUGCUGUUGCUGCUGGGAGAUUCUGAUCCACCAACUCUACUGGAGACCAGCAGGUUAAUACUAACCUGCCUUUCCCAGCCAGAUGUUGCCACCAUCUGGGCGGACCAAAUUCAUAAGAAGCCUGCUGUUCGGGACCAUGUAUGCUUCAUAAUGCAAAGCUCCACCAAUACUGAUUUGUUGGGGAAAAUUGGUGAGAUGAUUGAUAAACUCUUUGACUUGGACAAGGAACUAAUGUUGAGCUGGAUCAGAGAGUCCAAGAAGUUGCCUGGUGCACCAGAGACGGAGCAUGAAAAAACAACAGAUAUUCUGCUGGUUCCUUGUUUGCUGGAAGCAGCCAAACAAGUCAGGUCAAACAGCGUUGAAGUGCUUGAGAUUUAUGUUCAUAUACUGCAACUUCUCACUACAGUCGAUGAAGGAAUCCAGGCAAUAGUGAAAACUCCAGACAAGGGAGAGGCCACUUGGACUCUACUGUAUGACAUAGUUUGCACUGACCUAUGCCAGGACGAUGACCCAUCGAUUUUCAUAGAGGAGCAGGCAAGCGUGCUGUCCUCUGCUCUAGCUAUUCUGUCCGCGAUAUUUGCUUCACACGUGGAGAAGUACAGCGAGAUUGAGCAAAAUCUUCCCUUGCUCGGUACAUUACUACGAGUUCUGUUCUACGCAGAAGAUUGUAAGAAGAAACCGUCAGAAGGAAUAAGAAGACCCAGUGCAGACAAAUGGUCUGUCCCAUCUCCAGCAGGUGCUCAGAAAGGGAAAAGGCAGAAGAGUGACUUACACAUGAAAAUCCUGUUGAAUAUCUCUUGUGAAUUCCUCUCUGAAAUCUUCAUGGAUGUUUCUAAGGAGCUUGUGUCAAGAAGCUUCAAAGAAGGCUACCUGAGUCAAGAGAUGUGUCUCUGUGCUGUUCACCACCUUCUUCCUGUGUAUACCACUACGGUUGAAAGGUUCCAUGAUAUCUUAAAAGAAGUGCAGCCAGACACAGCGGAGCAGUUACAACUGAAGUUCCACAAUCUCAGAUCCUGACUGGGCAUUGGUACUAAUGCUGAGGGAAACUAUUGUACUGGAGCUUUGCUGAGUGAGGAACAGAUUGUCAAAGGCUACAGAUACUUUGCCUCUUAAUCUUCAGUACAUAAAUCUUUGAUGGAGCAUAGGCUGGAGCCAUAUCAGUUUAAGAGGUACCACAUGUAUAGAAUUGCAUUUGAGUAGAAUUUUAACUUGGCUAUUCCAGUGCAGUUUCUGAGCAUCACUGACGCUAUUGCCAAUAGUUGAGUUGAGACAUUUUAUUGAAAUAUAUCUGAAGAUUUGUGUCUUAGUUUCAACCAUGUGUGAGACUAGCAGUCAUUGUGUGAAGUUUCAGGACCAGAGGGUAUCUCUUUAUCAAACCAUUGGAGAAUGUGACAGUGGAACAGCAAAUUCAUCCUGUGCCUUCCACGGACGUGGUAUGUGAGCAGGAACUAACAUCAGAAGCUUAUAGCUCCCAUCUGUUCCCAACCUGCUGAAGACGGGACACAUUGUUGAGCAAGGUAGUUGUACUACCAGCGACGGUUUGCUGAUGAUUUCACCUACACUGUAGGGCAUGAUAUUAAGCACAGAGUGGAAUUAUGCCUAACCACUCCCUAAUAAAUAUUCUCAUUUCCUUCUGAUCAGUACUUACUAUCUAUAAAUCCUAAAAAUCUUUUCCCCUGGUGUUAUCUCUCAAUGUGACGCUUAAAUAAAUAGUUGAGAAU